AUCCUCUCAUGGUGAAACACAACUUCCAAGAUGUCUCGCGAGCAAAUAAGCUUGCGCUCGGAGCCAACAUCGAAAGGAGGCGGAUGGAUGCUGUGCGCCUUACAAUACCCUCACCGUCGCCACCAUACACACCUCCUCCUCCUCUUCUCGACCGUUCACAACAGCGAUGUACUCGACGCAACGAAGAGCGGCUAAUUCGGCCGCUGCGCCCUCUUUCAGCAGCUAUCGCUACCCUCGCUCGCGGGUUGCCAACUACCAGCAUCGCAAUCUUCACCAUCCCGGCGAGCCGCAGGGCCUUGCGCCCGUCUUUGGAAACUGGGACCACGACGUGACCAUCUCCAAUUCGCGCCUCGAGAGCGUCCUGCCUGCAGCGCCUCCCUCGACGUUUAUGCCGCGAGAGCGAGAGCAGCCGGGCUCACAGCGUCAGCCUCAGCCUCAGCCUGAGCCGCAACACCAGGCACAGCCUGCUGCUCAAUCCGAGCCUGAGUCUCUCAUCCACCUCGCACCUCUACGGCAUACCGGCGUUGGCGCGCGUCCGCUCAGCCCCACCCUCGAUCCCGUGGAAGCUUUGCGUCGUCUUCGCGAGACGAGCGAGGAGUAUAGCCCCAAGAGCGAGCCCAUCCCAGCAGGAGUGGGAGCACCAUCCCGAUGGGGGACGCUGCAGACUUCUCCUGACAUGGUGGCUUCCUUUGCUGCCGUCGAGGCGCAAGAGCCUGAAUGUAGGAGCGUGGACGCAUGGGGCACUGGUCAUGACGCGGCAAGCACGAGGAACACGCCCGACAGUCCUCCUACGCAUGCGCUGCAACACGACUUGACCUGGUCGCACUACCAUCACUCGACGCUGCUCGACUUCUGUGCGAACGCUCCUUCAGCAGGGGUCAGCGUGGCAAGCCAAGCUCACUUCCAACCUGCUCGCCGAUACAGACCCGAACAUGGGUACGAUUGGCGACCUCACCGCCAGCGAUGGGCUGGCGAACACCAAGAUGACAGGUCGAGUACCAUCGCCCCUCGCCAUCGCACGACUGGAGCAAUCAGUCCUGACGCCCAUCAUCAAUGUGCUCCUCCCGCCUCUCCAGCUACGCGCCCGCCCAUCUGGCCGUCCCUCGUUCUGCCUUUCUUCAAUCCAGCGCUGCCAACUCCUGUGCCGCACAUCGCUUCGCCGAGCUCAGGGUACAUGCCCCUGCCCACGCCUCUCUCCCCGAGGGAAGAGAUUCCCUGCGGCUACACGCCGGAUGGGCAUCCGAUCUACUGUGUGAACAAGCUCUGCGAGAUAUAUGGCCAUGUCAAGGUGCGCGAGGCGAAUGGGAGCGGGGCAUUGGCGAGGAUAUACGCGUUGUGGGGGACUUAUUGGAAUCGGGUUCAACGGAGAGCGAAGUGGAGAGCAGAGGAUCUCUUCUGGCCACUGAAGAGUGGAUACGAGACGCUAGGUGCUGGGCCUGGCGAGGAGACGCAGUCACAGUCGCAGCUGGAGUCGCAUCUGCAACCUCAGCCACUGUCUCAGCCUGAAGCGCAGCCUCAGGUAGAGAUGCAGCCCCCUCCCCAAUCGCAGCCUGAGCCUCAAGCUUCACCUCAGCAUCAGCCCCAUGCGCAAAAUGAUUCUCAAGCUUCUCCUCAGCCCGAAGAGCAGCAACAGAAGUGGCAGUAUCGUGCUGACGAGGAGGAAGACGUCCAGAUCUUCUUUUGGCAAAGGGUUCUCGAGCGCGAGAGGUCCUACUGGGACAGGAAGCCCGCGCUGGUCAUGCCUGAGAGGUAUCGGGCUUGCGACCUUUCGUGAUGUUCCAGAGAAUAGCGCGUCUUUGCC